AUGUCGACUAAUGGUGAAGAUAUACGCUUUGUUAACAUGCACAAUAGUUGUAUGCAAAAUGCACUCUCCCCUGGCUAUAGAGCUUCUGCUGUGGUGUUUGUUGGUGGAGGAAGGUCUAGUGGUGGUGUUAUUACUUUUCAGUAUGUUGUCUGCAACAGACAAGGUUUUCAUACAGUUGAUCCGUUGGAUGUCGACGUAAUUAUAUCUGACGAUGUGAACGUAUCAGAUGACGAUGAAGUUACUUCAAAGAAGAAACGCAGACGUGGCACAAAAAGGUGUGGAUGUGGAGCAAGGAUCAGUUUCAAGUUUUAUUCUGAUUGUGGUGUUAAAUAUUAUCUUGUGCAUCAAUUCAUUGAGGAACACAAUCAUGCUAUGGUUGACAAAGAUCAUAAGCGAUUUAUGAAAGGAAAUCGCAGUAUGAAUGAUGUUCAUCACAAGUUUAUUGAAGAUUGCACCAAAGCUAACAUCGGUCCUACUUCAACUUUCAACUUAUUAAAGGAGUUUUUUGGUGGUUAUGAUGUUGUUGGGUGUACGUUGAAUGAUGUUAGGAAUUGUUCUCGUGAUAUUAAAGAGAAACUGAAAGAAGUGGAUGUUCAAAUGAUCCUAAAUCAGAUGCAAGAGAAGAAGAGAAUUUGUGAAGGCUUUUUUUACAAAUAUCAAUUAUCACCCGAUGAUAAUAAGUUAGUGAGCUUAUUUUGGUCUGAUGCAGAGUCUCGAAAACACUACCACAUGUUUGGAGAUGUUGUAGCAUUUGAUACAACAUAUUCGACAAACAGGUAUCGUAUGGUGUUUGGUCCAUUUACCGGGAAAGACAAUCACGGGUGUCCUAUUGCAUUUGGAGCUGGUUUUGUAUCCAGUGAGAAUUGUGAUGCAUUCUCAUGGCUUUUUACUGUGUUUGUUGAAUGCAUGGGUGUUGCUCCAAGGAUCAUAAUCACAGACCAAGAUUGGGGAAUGAGGCUUGCAAUUGAGAAGUAUAACAACGCCAUUGAUGCUCAAAGGAAUCAAACUGAAAGGCUUGACUAUUAUGAUUCUGUAAUCUCUCCAAAAUAUGCCACUGAUUUAGCAUUUGAGAAGCAAUUGGCAUCUGUAUACACGGAUAGGAUGUUUAGAGUGGUACAAGAAUUGAUUUCUGAGGCUGAUAAGAGUUGUCGGAUGAUUAGCAUGUCCACUUUGGAGAACAUCGAGGUCUUUAAAGUUUCUGAUGCUAGAAAGAAGACCUUCACAGUUACACAUGAGAAAGAGACUGAGUCAUUUGAUUGUGAGUGUAAACUCUUUGAAAGGUAUGGUUACCUAUGCAGCCACCUUUUCUUCGUCCUCAGAAACAAAGAUGUCAACAAUAUUCCAGAGAAGUAUGUUGAUAACCGGUGGCUGAAAAGUGAUUUAUUGAAGGCAGUUCAUGGUCUCACGAGUGAUGAAAGUGCGUUGGGCAAAGGUUCUAACGAAGAUGACAAGCUACAGAUUGGGAACAGGUGUCAUGGACGUUACUUUGGUCUAUAUCAACGCGCUUUUAAGAAUAAAAAUCAUCUGAUUGCAUUGGAUAAUUUGCUUGCGGGUAUUGCUCCUCAAAUUUUUACUGAUGACACUACUGGAUCUUCAUCAGUUGAUAAAAAUGAUUCCAUCAUGAACAUAUAUGGUAUUGCUGUACCUGAAGACAUAACUGCUCAUGCUCCAGAUGUGGUUAGUACAAAGGGAGGUGCAAGUGACAAGAAAAGCAGGAUUAAGUCGAGCAUAGAGAAAGCAAUUGAAAAAGCAAGUUAUUGA